AAAUCGGAACGAACAUAACAAAAGAAGAAAAAAAAAAAAAAAACUUAAUAGAUAGCCUUGAAUGGCGUGCCUAUAACUCAGGAAGGCGGGCACAUGGUUCAUUCAUGUUCUUUUGCCGGUUCAGAUCGCCGCUUCUCCAUUUUCUCACGGGUUUGAAAGUUCUUAGCCCCCUACAUCUCUCUCCUUUUUCUCCGUCGUCGUGCUCCGAUUAAUAAAAUACGGAGCUAGUUACAAUUCUCAAGCUCACUUCAGCUUCGUUGCUUCUAUCUACUUGAUCAUGACGGUUGACACCAAGAUGAAUCGCGAAGAUGAUAAGGACAAGAAUUCAAGAAGUGCUUACUUCGGUUCACCGGCCUUGGAUGUUUCUGUUGCGUUCCCUCAAGCAACUGCUGCAUCUGUCUUUCCUCCUUCCGUCUCGGACUACUAUCAGUUCAACGACCUAUUGAUUCCUGAGGAGCAAGCUCUCAGAAAAAAAGUGAGACAGUGCAUGGAAAAAGAAAUUGCUCCAAUUAUGACAAAGUAUUGGGAGAAGGCAGAGUUUCCAUUUCACAUUAUCCCAAAGCUUGGUAACUUGUGCAUUGCCGGUGGUACGAUCAAGGGUUAUGGGUGCCCAGGUAUGACUAUUACUGGAUGUGCUAUAGCUACUGCUGAAGUAGCGAGAGUUGAUGCAAGUUGUUCCACUUUCAUUCUGGUGCAUUCAUCCCUGGCAAUGCUCACUAUGGCUCUAUGUGGAUCGGAGGAGCAAAAGCAGAAAUAUUUACCUUCCUUGGCAAAGUUGGACACCAUCGCUUGUUGGGCUUUGACUGAGCCUGAAAAUGGAAGUGAUGCCAGUGGUUUAAGAACAACAGCAACAAAGGUUGAAGGAGGUUGGUUAAUAGAGGGGAAAAAACGCUGGAUAGGAAACAGUACGUUUGCUGAUUUAUUGGUUAUUUUUGCCAGGAAUACAAUUACGAAUGAAAUAAAUGGAUUUAUAAUGAAGAAAAAUUCCCCUGGUCUGAUGGUUACAAAGAUCGAAAAUAAAAUUGGUUUGCGGAUUGUUCAAAAUGGAGACAUUGUGAUGAAUAAAGUUUUUGUGCCCGACGAAGAUAGGUUACCUGGUGUAAAUUCAUUCAAGGAUACAAAUAAGGUUUUAGCGGUUUCACGUGUAAUGGUUGCCUGGCAGCCCAUUGGCAUAGCAAUGGGCGUUUAUGACAUGUGCCAUAGAUAUUUGAAGGAGAGGGAACAAUUUGGAGCACCAUUAGCAGCUUUUCAAGUUAACCAACAGAAACUUGUCCUCAUGCUGGGAAAUGUUCAAGCAAUGUUCCUCGUGGGUUGGCGACUUUGUAAAUUAUAUGAAAAGGGCACGAUGACUCCAGGUCAAGCUAGCUUGGGGAAGGCAUGGAUCACUCUGAGGGCUAGGGAAACCGUUGCUCUAGGACGUGAGUUGCUUGGAGGCAAUGGGAUUUUAUCUGACUUUCUAGUUGCAAAGGCAUUCUGCGAUUUGGAACCAAUCUAUACGUACGAAGGAACCUACGACAUCAACACUUUGGUAACCGGCAGAGAAAUCACUGGUGUUGCCAGUUUCAAGCCUGCUUCUCUAGCCAAAAGAAGCCGUCUCUAAUAUGUUUUCUGCCUACCGACGGUUGCAAGAUUUUCUGAUGCGAAAUUUUGCACACUGGCUGGUGAGGUAACCAAAUGAUAUUAUCUAUGAAUAAAAUGUGUAUUUAUUUAGUUUCUUAUGGAUUCUGUCUACGGGAUACUUCAUCACAAUGUGUGGAUAAACUAUUUAAAAUUAAUAAAAACAUCAGUUAUUAACUAGUUUAAAGAUGAA